AUGAGCACUUCUACAUCCUCAGCUGCUUAUUUUUGCAAAACAACAGAGGUGGAAGAUUUUUUAAAAGAGUACCUAAGGUUCAGAAGGAAGGUUCUGAGCCUGCCUGAGCCUGAGGAAGAGGAGGAAGAACACACACAGAACGGCAAAAAUCCAUAUCGCAGGGCCAGGUUCAGCGAGGCGUCCACAGCGUCGGAAGACGCUAAACCGGAGGACCUGACCGACCCGCCAGACCUCGAGGACAACCUUUUGAACGUGGCAGCCCAAAUGACUCUGGAGAACGACUUACACCUCGACGCCUUCAUAUCUCUGGUGGAUUCGUACGACCUCAUGGUCAGGGAGAACCCGGAAAUGGAGCACGUGGAGUUUAAGCUGGCCGACAUUCUGAAGAACGCAAAAAUAACACGGCGGAAGUUCCCCGUGAUCGAGGACCGAGUGGACAUCGAGUGGAGCAAGAAGCUGGCCCACGAGAUCAAGUACCAGCGCCAGACUCGUGACAUCCGGGAGCUGUUUACGUCGCAGCAGACCAAGGUCUUCGAGUUCAGGCCGCCCAUAGUUUCAGGACUGAACAUCAUCUUCGGAGUGGCCCUGACGUUCGUCGGAGCCUACUCGAUCUCCGGCGCCCUGGGAGUGAAGGACCCUUUCCACGUAAGUCGUCUCAGUUUAACUCGUUCAGAGGACGCUCAUCGGCAUCGCAUUCUCCUUCGUUGCGCUGAUCGUGGACACAGUGCUGUACCUGCUGAGACCGAAUGUCUAAGCUGCUAA